AUCAAGACAUUUGAACACUUCUUAUGGGCGAUUCUUACCCAAUAUUGGCCCAAAAAUAAAUAUAAAGUCCGUUUAAAUGAAGGAGACGAUUUUUAGGUAAGAAGUUUUUUGACUUCGUUCUUCUGUCACGUGUCAUUCUAUGAUACGUGACGUGAAGCGGUAGAGGGUCGCGUCGUUUUGGUCUGGAUCUAUUCUCUCCGUCUCCCUCUUCUCUCUCUCUCUCUCUCUCAAUCCGUAGACGGCGAUUCACAUCGAUCGAUCGUGGAAUCUCGCCAUCGAAUCUGCAGGUUCGUAUUACUCUCUCUCUCAGUCUCCCUCUUCUCUGUCUCUCUCUCUCGUAUCGAUUAUGUGUUUCUAAUAUUUUGCAUGCUUUGGGUUUGAUCAAGGUCCGCGGAGUUUGGGUUUAGGGUUUCAUCGUCUCUUCCUUCGGUCGCUUUGGACGGGUACUUCCGCCGUCGUCGACUCUCUUCUUUCUCCGGUUAGAAACCAUCUCCGCCGCCGUCACCAACAGGUUUAAUUCGUAAAAAUGGGCCGAUAUAGUUACAGCCAGCCUUCAGAUUCAUCACACUAUGGUGGGGAUCAAGCUGAUAGUGGGUACAGCGAGACAGAAGAGCUUAUUGGUCGUGACCAAGCUGAGUUGGAGUUGAAGUACCCUGAGCCGUCUCAGUACCCUAUGCAGUAUCCUCCACAACCUGAGGUGGAGUUUGGAUUCCCCCAGGUUUGCUAUUGUGGUGAUGCACCAAUUCUAGUUACAUCAAAAAACGAUCCGGGGAGGAGGGUAUACACCUGCAAGAAUGUGGAUGAUGGCGAUUGCCAUGUCUGGAAGUUUUGGGACGUCGCGGUGAUGGAGGAGAUGAGGGCGAGGGAUAAACACAUUCUGCAGUUGGAGGAAAAGGUAGAUAACCUUACCUUAAUGAGUAACUUUGAGUCUGAGGAAAAGGUGGUUAGGCUAGAGAACUUAGUUUCUGACUUGGCAAAGAAGUCGUUUACUUUAAAAAUUGAGUUUGAAGUUUGUGUUGGUGUCAUGCUCUUUGUAUUAGUGGUACUUGGUCUGGUGAUCGGAGGGAAGUGAUGUUGGUGUUAACAGCAUUACUAGGUCUGGUUUAGGAAGUUUGUGUUGGUGUCAUGCUCUUUGUCUUACUCGUACUAAUGCUGUUAACCCUUAUGAGACUAUGUACUAAUGUGUUGUAUUGUUAUGAACUUUAUGAAUUACAUGUAUAUUGUUCGAUUCAAUCACUUGCAUAAUUAACUUAUUGAUAUCGAAUUUGUCACCCAACUGUGCAAUGUGACUUUAAAAUGUGACUUCGAAACAACAACUACUUGUCUCGUGAACCACUUUAAACAACAUAAUAAUUCAAAGGUACAACAUAAUAAUUCAAAAGUGUAAGAGUCACAUGAGUUGUUUUUUACUUCCACAACAAAACAAUAUACAUUCACAAGUUGUAUCACGAGAACACAAUAUACAUUCACAAGUUGUAUCACGAGAAGAGCUUAUUUGCCCCUAUAAAUAUGAAAGAUCAUUGGCAAUUUAAAGACAUCUCUCCCCUUUCAUCAACUCUUCAUUUUAAAUGUAAAAAAACUCUAAUGGCAUCUUCUUCUCAUUAUCACUACCAUAACGAUGACGAUGAUGAAGAUUAUGUUAAUGAUUACGUUGAAGAUUAUGUUAAUGAUUACGUUCAAAACUUUGAUGAAGAACCAAAAAAGCGGAAGCAACGUAUUUAUAUGGAGAGGUUCCGAGAAGACGGCCACCAGAAGCUUUGGAAUGAUUACUUUAGCGAGACUCCAACUUACAAUCCCGAGUUAUUCCGCCGACGGUUCCGAAUGAACAAAUCUUUGUUCCUGCGUAUUGUACAACGUCUCGAAACCAACAUACCGUAUUUUCAACAAGGAACCGAUUGUACCGGACGGUCUAGUCUAACACCCCUACAAAAAUGUACUGCAGCAAUCCGACAGUUGGCUUAUGGCGGUGCAGCUGAUUCACUUGAUGAGUAUGUCCGGCUUGCUGAAACGACAGCUCGAAAAUCUUUGCACAAAUUUACCGCCGGAAUAAUCAGCUUGUUUGGUGAUGAAUACCUACGCCAACCGACACAAGAGGAUCUGCAAAGACUUCUCUAUAUUGGAGACCAACGUGGGUUUCCGGGGAUGAUUGGCAGCAUCGACUGUAUGCAUUGGGAGUGGAAGAAUUGCCCCACUGCUUGGAAAGGAAUGUAUUCCCGAGGAACAGAUAAACCAACAAUUGUUUUGGAGGCGGUAGCUUCAAGUGACCUCUGGAUAUGGCACGCGUUUUUUGGAGCUCCAGGUACUAUGAACGAUCUUAAUAUUCUUGAUCGAUCCCCCGUUUUUGAUGACAUUAUUAACGGAAUUGCGCCAGAAGUGAACUUCUAUGUUAAUGGUAAUCAAUAUCAUUUGGCAUAUUAUCUCACUGAUGGUAUUUAUCCUAAAUGGGCGACUUUUAUUCAAUCUAUCCGACUUCCUCAAAGUGAGAAACAUUCGUUAUUUGCUAAAACCCAAGAAGCUGUUCGAAAAGAUGUCGAGCGUGCCUUCGGAGUUCUGCAAGCUAGAUUUGCCGUAGUGAAAAAUCCAUCCAAGCUAUGGGAUAAAGACAAAAUAGCAAAUAUUAUGAAGGCAUGCAUCAUACUCCAUAAUAUGAUUGUCGAGGAUGAACGAUCAUCAUACACUCAGUAUAACGUGAGAGAAUUUCAAGAAAGCGAGGAAGAUGAUACAUUCACCGUUACUCCGAAUUCAAAUCUCGGCACUGCAAUGGAUCGUCGAGCGAGCGUCCGUAACAGACAAGCCCAUGAACAAUUAAAAUUCGAUUUAAUCGAAAAUAUUUGGGCUAAAUUUCGACAUUUUCCAAAUAACCAAUGAUUUUAAAGUUUCUAUGAAUUGAAUAAAUGUGUGAUUUAUGAAUUUUUUUUUUAUGUAUGGAAUGUAAUAAAAUGUUUGUAAUUUUAAUUAAAUUAAAUUUUUUCCUCUUUUUAA